UUGUUGAGGCCUCGUUAAGCUUCAUCUUCUCUCAAGAUGCCUUUCAUUUUCUAGAGUUUAGGGCGGAAUGCCGGAUUGAACCAAUCAUUGACUGCUACACAAGCGCGUGUGUAUCCCUCUCUCUCUCUCCCUGUGCGCUGAGAGGAUACUCGUCAUCUUUGCUGAAGCGUCUCACAGCGAAGAAAAGCCAUGGCAGCUGCGAACCGUGUCCUUGUUUACGGAGGAAAAGGAGCUCUCGGCUCAGCAUGUGUGCAUUAUUUUAAGUCAAAAGGCUGGUGGGUUGCCAGCAUUGACAUCGUAGCGAACGAAGAAGCGAACGCAAACGUCCUGGUGAAGCUCUGCGAGUCGUUCACCGAUCAAGCCGCUCAGGUGACAUCAGAUGUAGCCACAUUGCUGGGGGAACACAAGGUCGACGCCAUUGUUUGUGUGGCAGGAGGAUGGGCCGGAGGAAACUGUAGCUCAAAAGACUUGUAUAAGAACUCUGAUAUGAUGUGGAAACAGAGUGUCUGGACCUCCACCAUUUCCAGUCAUCUUGCAUCGCUCCAUCUGAAGCCAGGAGGCCUGCUGACCCUCUCUGGUGCAAAGGCCUCACUAGAAGGCACUCCAGGUAUGGUUGGGUAUGGCAUGGCCAAGGCUGCAGUCCAUCAGCUCUGCAAGAGUCUGGCUGGCGAGAACAGUGGCCUUCCAUCUAUACCUUUAACAUCUAAGCUAUUGCCGGUUACCUUGGAUACACCAAUGAACAGGAAAUUCAUGCCUGACGCAGAUAUUGGGAGCUGGACACCACUGGAAUACAUCGCAGAAACCUUCUACAGCUGGGCCACUGGGUCAGGCCGGCCAGCCUCAGGCAGCCUCAUACAGCUGGUGACUACUGGGGGGGAAACCGAGGCCUCAGCGGCCCAGUAAAGGGGGAACAGAGAAAAAAUAGAAAAACAAAAAGAUAAAGAGUGGAGGAGAGCAGUGUUUACCAAUAUACUGUGCAGCAGAGGAGAGAGA